UUAAGAAGCAUCCCUCCAUUUUUUUUAAACUCCUAAAUAAUUACUGCUCGACGUCAUAAUGCAGCGCCACAGGGAAUUAUAUAAACAGCAAUCACUUGCUUUCAGCCCACGCAAUUUCAAUGAGCAGAACCGGGAACUCCAGAAUGCGGCGCGUGCAAAACAGCGCGAGUAUCGUUUUCAAAGCAACCGCAUUAUUAGUGUUAGUCCAACUCCCGUCAAGCGUGCGGCACCUAUACCGCCCUCAGAGGAGGCGCAGCCACGCCUUACCUAUGUCGCUCCUCCUAAGGAGAAUCGAAAACCAGAGCUGCCUCAGCAGCAGAGGAACCCCACCCGGGACCUUUACAUAAAGCGCUUCGUGGAUUGGAAGGCUGCCAGGAAGGAACAAACAAAGAACGAGCAAAUUGCUCGUCGUGGUCAAAAGAUGUUCACAUAUAAAACCGAAACACUUAAACCUGCGACAAACCCCCAGAAAGAGCAGGAGAACGCUCCGGCAUUUGUGCCGCCAAAAAGGCACUCCUUAUAUGUUUUGGCAAAAAAAACUUAGUGUACGCAGACGGCAGCGGAGAGGAAACAGCCUUUGGCAACCCAAUUGCGUACCCAGGGUCAUCCAUCCAGAUUGCGCGCUCAGCCUGCGGCAACCAUGGCAAAGCUGCAACAUGCAACGUCGCGUCCUCAACCGGUCACUGUGAAGACCCAAACAUCAAACAUCAGCAAGGAAUGUCCAGCCAGCCACAGUGAAGCCUGCACCUUCACGUGCAUUGCCCUUGAAGCCUACAGCAGGCCCAAAGCCCAAGGCAGCAGAUUUGGUCGUUGGACCUUCUGCAAAUGGGGUUGUUCAUUUGCCAUAUGUGAGGACGCAACCAUUCGAAAAGCCGGCCGUGAGUAAGCCCACCUUAAAAAUACCAGCAGUGAAACCAAAGCCCAUUCAAGGAUGCGGCGGAGGGGGAGCUGCGGGAAAAUUUAAGUCGACCGCAGUAGCAAAAGGGCCGGUAAAAAGGGCCAAUAAAAAACAAGCUUGCCAGCCAAUUGUCGACCAGAAUGAAGGACAAGAGCAACGUCAGCAAGUACGUAGGUCUUCAAAAGAAUGUUCGAAAUCGGCCGGAGCUGAUGAGAGAGUUGGUUGAGGCUGGGACCACUGAACUCCCACUGCCUCCCAAUACGCCGCUGGAAGAGAAGAUAAGUUUCCCUGCUCUGGCCACAUUCACGCAGUGCAAGACGAACAAUUGCAGUCAAGAAAUGAUAGAAGCCUUGGGUGAGAUUUCAAAUCUGAGUCCAGUGGGUCCAAUGAGCAGCCACCGAGAUUCGAAAGCGAAGCGGAAAUUUGACUUUUCUAGGUACUCUUUGAUAAAAACGGCAGCUAAAGAGAGUUUGAUCUUGGAUCCAUAUCUGGCUAAGGAUCCAGAUGAUAAAGAACAAGAAAAUUCUACUCUGAAGGCAGCUGCGGAGCAAACCCCUCCUCGCAGGAUUUCCGAUGAGAAGCCCAACUACUUAAGUCCAUAUGUGAGCGUCUCGCGCGGUAAAGUCAACUCUCGCUGUGAGCGUGAGAAGCGAAACAGCAUGUAUUUGCCCGGUGAGGAGUAUCCUGUUGCUCUACUUUCGCAUACAGCUGGAGAAUGAGAUUCGACGACUGCGAGAUAUCUGCAGCGAGUGGGAAGCCUAUAGCAAGGAGAAUGAGGCGCAUCUGGUUGAGACGGGCGGCAUAGAUAUGAUCAAUGUGGCCAUUGGACAGACAAAUUUGCUCUCUACCAAGAAAUUGAUGCAGUUCAGCGGUCUGAUUGACCGUUGCGAGGCGGGAGCUACGGGCAAGAACCAUCGACCCUACGAUGGCAGCGAGGAGACGAAACCCGUCCAGGCAGAGGAUCUGGAAGGGUGGUGGGACAUGCUGCGACUCCAGAGUGAGAAUGUUGACAAGCGCUUUGAUAACUUGAAGCGAUGG